UUCGGUUUUUGUUCAUUGUUUUAGCUUUAAUGUUAAACUCGAGUAUGUACUUAAUAAAUGAGAUUUUCUGAAUGAAACAAAGUGGAAAAUUAUUAUCAUUACAUUAUAGACCCUCCGAUGGAGAUUACUGACAGCAUUUUAUGUAUAGGAUGCCUUUGUGUAGGUCGCAAAAUGAUAAUUAUCGAAGACUAUUGGAAGAAGAAAUGUUUUUUACAAAUUCUAAGUGAAAUACCGGUAAUGCAGAAUGUUAGUACACCAAUGUCUCUGUGCUGGGAAUGUGAUGCAAUCAUAUCUCGUUUUACCAAAUUCACACGUCAAGUUGUCCGUAACUUUGAAAUAUUUCAGAAUUAUUUGAAACAGAAUUUAGAUUUGUCACAUAUAAAUUCAACAUCAAAUUUGGCAACACAUAAAAUUGUAGAAACAUUAAUAACAAGUUAUAAUUAUGUGGAUGAAAUAAAAACAGAAAAAGUAUGGGAUGUUACGAUAGAUAGAAUCAAAAGCGAAGAUACAUCAGAAAACUCUGGCGAUAAAGAGCCGUUAAUAGAAAUUAAAAGGAAAAAAAAAUCACGUAAAUCAUCAGAUGAUAAAAAAUGUAACACAGAAGUGUACAAAGAGAUUGUAUUAUGUGUAGAAGAUUUAGAAGAAGAAAGAAGAAUGUUAUCUUCUAAAGAAGAAUAUAUAAAUGCUAUAUAUAAAUGUGAAAAUUGUAUUACAGUAUUUCCGAAUGCAGAUGAUUUGAAAGACCAUAUUUAUUUAAAACAUGAAGUGAAUGCAUCGAAAUAUAAAUGCAAUAUUUGUAUAUGUUCUUUUACGAGUGAAGUUUCAUACAAUUAUCAUAUUAACAGACAUAAGAAGAGAUUUCAAUGUAUGUUGUGUAAUAAUAAUUUUAUAAGCAAGAGAGCUGUCACUAAGCACUACAAUAUGAUGCAUUGUCACAGUGUAGAUUACGAUUAUCUGAUGGAAAAUAAAUUAAAUGAUGAUCCGGAUGAAAUUAUUGAAAAAAUUCAAGAUGAUAACAGUAUAGAACAGCCAUCUUUCCCUUGUGAACUUUGUUCUAAGACAUUUCGAUGGAAAACAUCAUUAAGAAAGCAUUUAGAAACGCAUCGGAUAGAAACGGGACAGAAAAGGAAGCCAUAUUGUGAAACUUGCAGAUUGUCUUUCACAACAACAUCUAAUUUACAAAAACAUGUGAAAACAAGCUCGAAACAUCAAAUAUUGUUAAAAGUCAGAAAUUUAAAAGACUCUCCUCUAGAAGAUAAUGCUGAGAAGAAAAGGGACAGAAUAGAAGAGAUUAAAGCUUCAGUUAAUAAACAAAGAGAGACAUUUCCAUGUCCACAAUGUGAUAAAAAAUUUCAAUGGAGAGGAAAUCUAGCAAGACAUAUGGAUAGUCAUAAUGCUAGAGCAAAAGGUGAUUUAGUUUGCGAACCGUGCAAUAGAACGUUCUCAUCUAAGGCAACGUAUGAUCAGCAUAUGAAAGUCAGUAUGAGACAUGUCUCUGAGAAUGAUUUCAAAUAUAUGUGUAGCGAAUGUGGUAAACGUUUCGCAAACAAGACUCGACUCCGAGACCACGUAGAUUGGGAUCACUUGAAGAACUACGUACAUAAAUGUACAGAGUGCCAGAAGGUGUUCAAGAGUCAUACAUCUCUAUACCUUCACAAGCAGAAUGUUCAUGAAAAAGAUCAAGCAGCUCAUCUGUGUCAUCACUGCGGGAAAGCUUUCCCGAACCAGGCAAAACUCCGCGGGCACGUGUCUGGUUUGCACUCGCGCGAGGCACCUUACAAAUGCGGCACGUGCAAUGCGCGCUUCAGCUGGCACUCGUGUCUGUCCAGACACGUGCGUCGCGUGCACCGCAAGCGAGACACCACGCACUAAUAUGUCGAAUUCAAUAGAUAAAUAAAUAAAAUAAAGCUGUAAAAUUUAUUA